GGGAGCGGCUUCCUGUAUUCACCCCAUACUGGUUACUGCCUAUUGGUGGAGCACUAUAAUUUCUGGCACUCACUUACUGGGAUAGACGUGCACUUCACUGGUUAUUGCUCACACGGACAGCAGUCACUUUAUACUGGGACAGCUCGUUAUCACGUACUCUGUAGGAUAGGACUGUACUUAUUCUUUACUGGGAGAGAACGACAGCACCAAGCAACCCUACCUUUGCUAUAGGACUAGAGCUCAGUGCCCUAACUUAUAGAGACAGGACUGCAACUCUUGGCACUUACCUACACUAGUUAGUGAUCAUUGUGACGGGGGCUGGAUAUCUCUGCACUACAAGAUGAUCAUAAGCUUCAAGAUCUCGUUUUUUGUGAUCCUCUUGGUAUCGGUGUACCUCCCUAGAAAGGUGUCUUCCCAAAACUGUGUCUGGUAUGGAGAGUGCGGUGAAGAUAAACAGGGCAAGAAGUUCAACUGCCCAUAUUCUGGGCCACCGAUACCCUUACCUGAGGAUGGUCACGAGCUGCUCCAGCAACUAUGUCCAACUCUGGAUUAUGGCAACAUCAGUGUUUGCUGUGACACUCAGCAGCUGAAAACCCUAAAUGACAAACUGCAGCUCCCCUUGCAGUUUCUGUCCAGGUGUCCAUCUUGUUUUUUUAAUUUGAUGACUCUGUUUUGCGAGCUGACAUGUAGUCCACGUCAGUCAGAGUUUCUAAAUGUUACAGAAACGAACUACACAAGUCCUGAGCCACGUAGCUCAAAUGAAAGUAUCACUGCCAUGGAAUAUUACAUAGGACAGACAUUUGCUGAUGCAAUGUUCAAUGCCUGCAAGGAUGUGGAAGCCCCGUCAAGCAAUGUGAAAGCUUUGGGCAUAAUGUGUGGGAAGAAUGUUGAAGAUUGUAAUGCCACCAAUUGGAUCCAGUACAUGUUUAACAAAGAUAAUGGACAGAUUCCUUUCACCAUCACUCCCAUUUUCUCAGAUGCCCCUUAUCUUCAGAUGGAUCCCAUGAACAAUGCAACCAAAGGUUGCAAUGAGUCAAUAGAAGAGGAUGGUGCCCCGUGUAGUUGUCAGGACUGCACUCUGGUCUGUGGUACUCCACCCCAACCACCUCCACCUCCAGUGCCGUGGGUUAUUUUAGGCAUGGAUGCUAUGGCUGUCAUCAUGUGGAUAGUCUAUGUUUCAUUCUUACUUCUCUUUUCUGCAUUAGUCAUUGGAUCUUGGUGUUACAGGAAAAAACAUAUUGUCUCAGAAUAUGCACCUAUCGACAGCAAUUUAGCCUAUUCUGUCAAUUCCUCUCCUAUUACAGGGGAGCCUUCGUGCUGUGACAAACUUGGUGAAUGGCUGGAAAGUGGCCUGCGUGUUGCUUUUACUAGAUGGGGCUCAUUCUGUGUCCGUAAUCCAUGGAUUGUUGUCUUCUUCUCUGUUGUUUUUAUUGCGGUUUGCUGCUCGGGGCUAAAGUAUAUGAAGAUCACUACAGACCCAGUGGAAUUGUGGUCUUCUCCAUACAGCGAAGCUCGUCAAGAGAAAGACUACUUUGACACACAUUUUGGGCCAUUCUUCCGCACAGAGCAGCUGAUCAUCACUGCACCAUAUACCAGGCCAGAUUCAUAUAAACCUUAUCCGUCUGGGAGUAUUAUCCCUUUUGGGCCACCUCUGUCGUUGAACAUUCUGAUCUGGGUUUUGGAUUUGCAGAAUGCUAUUGAGAACUUAACUGCUACUUAUAAUAAUGAAACUGUAAUGCUUAAAGACAUCUGCCUGGCUCCUCUAGCACCAUACAACAACAACUGCACAAUUCUCAGUGUGCUCAACUAUUUCCAGAACAGCUACUCUGUCCUAAAUCAUACUGAAUGGGAUGAAGAUCAUUUCUUUAUUACUGCAGAUUAUCACACUCACUUUCUGUACUGUGUUCAGUCUCCAGCAUCUCUGAAUGAUACAACACCUCUGCAUGACCCCUGUUUAGGAACCUUUGGUGGGCCCAUAUUUCCUUGGCUGGUGCUAGGUGGCUAUGAUGGUGAAAACUAUAGCAAUGCAACAGCACUUGUGAUUACGAUCCCUGUCCAAAAUUAUCAUAACGACACAGAAAAAAUAAACAAAGCAAAGGCCUGGGAAAAAGAGUUUAUCACAUUUGUGAAGAAUUACCACCAUCAAAACUUAUCCAUUUCAUUCUCUGCUGAGAGGAGCAUUGAGGAUGAACUUAAUCGUGAAAGCAACAGCGACGUAACUACAGUCAUUAUCAGCUAUGCUGCUAUGUUUGUCUACAUCUCAUUGGCUUUGGGUCAUAUCAGGCACUGCAGCAGCAUCUUGGUGGAUUCCAAGAUCUCAUUGGGCAUUGCAGGCAUCUUGAUUGUGCUCAGUUCUGUAGCCUGUUCUUUGGGCAUCUUCAGUUAUGCUGGAGUCCCCUUGACUCUCAUUGUCAUUGAGGUUAUCCCAUUUUUGGUUCUUGCUGUCGGAGUAGACAACAUAUUUAUUAUGGUGCAAACGUUACAGCGUGAUGAGCGUCUUCAUGAUGAAACACUGGACCAGCAGAUUGGCAGAGUCUUGGGUGAUGUGGCUCCCAGCAUGUUUUUGUCAUCCUUCUCUGAAACAGUAGCCUUCUUCUUAGGGGCAUUAUCGACCAUGCCAGCUGUACGGACCUUUUCUCUCUUUGCUGGAAUGGCUGUGUUCCUGGACUUCCUUCUUCAAAUUACCUGCUUUGUCAGCCUACUGGGAUUGGACAUAAGACGCCAAGAGAAAAAUCGUUUGGAUAUUCUCUGCUGUGUGCCAGGAUGUAAGAGAAACAGAGGGGCUGAACAAUCAAACAGUUUCCUGUUUUUGUUCUUCAAAAAGCUGUAUGCGCCAUUACUGAUGAAAGAUUGGAUGAGGCCUUUAGUGAUAUCUCUGUUUGUGGGGGUUCUGUCCUUCAGUAUAGCUGUGGUUAACAAAGUGGAAAUCGGCCUGGAUCAGUCUCUAUCAAUGCCUGAUGACUCCUAUGUGCUGCAGUACUUUAAAUCCCUUGGUGAAUACCUGCACACAGGCCCUCCUGUAUAUUUUGUGAUUGAAGAGGGUCAUGACUACACUACAAAUGAAGGACAAGCUAUGGUGUGUGGCGGAGCUGGAUGUAACAACAAUUCCUUGGUACAACAGAUCUUUAGUGCAGCAGAGCUGGCUAACUAUACCAAAAUUGGUUAUGCUCCUUCCUCCUGGCUUGACGACUACUUUGAUUGGGUGAAGCCCCAGUCUACCUGCUGCCGGACCUACAAUACCACAGAGCAGUUCUGUAAUGCAUCAGUUGUUGACCCUUCCUGCGUACGUUGUCGGCCAUACACCCCUGAAGGAAAGAAGAAGCCUGUGGGAGAAGAAUUUAUGAAAUUCUUACCUAUGUUCCUUUCUGAUAACCCAAACCUCAAGUGUGGAAAAGGAGGCCAUGCAGCAUACAGCUCUGCUGUGGAUCUCUUAAAUAAUGACACCAAAGUGGGGGCCACCUAUUUCAUGACUUAUCACACAAUCUUAAAAAACUCUUCUGACUUUAUUGAUGCCCUGAGGAAAGCACGAGUUGUAGCAAAGAACAUCACGGCUACCAUGGAUACUCCAGAAAAGAGUUACAGAGUAUUUCCUUACAGUGUGUUCUACGUGUUUUAUGAGCAGUAUUUAACCAUUGUGGAUGACACCGUUUUCAAUCUUUGCGUGUCAUUGGCAGCCAUUUUAUUGGUGACGGUGAUCCUGCUGGGCUUUGAAAUGUGGUCUGCAGUUCUCAUGAGCGUAACAAUUUCUAUGAUCGUUGUCAACAUGUUUGGUGUAAUGUGGCUGUGGAACAUCAGUUUAAACGCAGUUUCUCUUGUCAACUUAGUCAUGACGUGUGGUAUUUCUGUGGAGUUUUGCAGCCACGUGACCAGAGCAUUUUCAGUCAGCACAAAGGGAAGUAGGGUGCAACGUGCAGAGGAUGCCUUGGCUCAUAUGGGGAGUUCAGUUUUCAGUGGGAUCACACUCACAAAGUUUGCUGGCAUAGUUGUCUUAGCUUUUUCCAAGUCUCAGAUUUUCAAGAUCUUUUACUUCAGGAUGUACGUAGCUAUGGUGCUUCUUGGUGCUGCUCACGGCUUAAUAUUUCUGCCAGUUCUUCUUAGUUAUAUAGGACCUCAAGUGAAUAAAGCCAAGGCACAAGCUGCACGAGAGAGAAGCCGGGGCACAGAACAGGAGAGACUUCUAAACCACUAGUACUCCAGACAACAUACAGAGCGUGUAUUGCAUGGGGGACACAUAACUGAGAUACUGCAGUACACUCACAGUGGCCAUCGAUAUUCGCUGCAUUGGUCAAGCUCAGGAAGUGUUUGCUCUGAUUCUUCAAGGAAGCAGUGUUAACAAAUGUUUAAACUUUUUUUGUUGUUGUAUAUAGAAGUUACAUUUUCUAGAGAAAAGGUUUGUACUAAACAUUUUCCAUAUAUUGUUUAAUUUAUGGGAAUACCAGAUUUACGUGUAUUUUAUAAAUGCCAAAUCAAUGCAAGUUUUGCAGCUACUUUAUUUUUGAAAGGGCAAAUGUUGUUCAUGAUAGAUGCAAAUAUAUUUUAGUAAUUUGCUAAAACCUUAAUUUUUGUAGAGCCCACACAUUUUUACAAUUCAAAGCAGGAGCUGCAUAGACUUUAUUAACAUAAUAAAUACACUAUACAGUUUUGUAUGAAGAACAUCAGGAAGCUGAAGGUUUCAACAGAGCGUUUUCACCAAAUAUCUGCUUGAAGGAAAUCACGUGCUCUUCACAGUGUUCACCUGAUCAGAAGAAGAAGCAAGAGAGUCAAACAGAUGGACUUACAAUAACCAGUGUGUGGUAGUGAGCUUCAGCAGAAUUAUGUGGACAAGAUAUGUUUUUACUGGAACUGAUAAAGGAUUAAUACAUUUAUCGCCACAUGUGUUUUUUCCCUUUCUCAAUUUUAAACUGAUGAUAAACUAGACUGAAAAUGAAUUAAAA